AUGCAUGCACCACCCCUACUAGAGUUGCUCCUUCUCAUCCAGUCAAGUUUCGUCCUCGAGAUCCCUCUGUGUCGAAGGAGGAAGCGCAUGCGCACGACAACCGAGCUCGGCGACCUGGGGAAGGAACGAAGGCAGUUAGUCGUCCCUGGCUUCGGCCACGCUCGCGCUCUCAGUACAUAUCAUGAUAUCCUAGGUAGGAUUUUGGUCCACGUCGCCUUUCAUAGCUUCAAUGACCUACAGAACCACAUGCCUAGACGGGAUCACGGGCGGGGACUUGCGCAAGUCCGCCUGUACGGCUACCUCAUAGUAGAGAAGGGCUUAUCCCUUUAACGGUAAAAAGGGACCAUUUUUGCCAAGACCCUGAUGUGGCCAGUCGGAUGGCCUCCUUUUAUCCACCUGUACAUAUGCACCC